CAGGUAGGCUCCUCCUCAGGUAAGCUCUACCGCCCUCCGCGACGUCGCAGGCAGGCACGGGUCCGCACCAGGGUGGUGCGAAGAGUCCCGCCCCUCGGGGUUGUAGUGGGCCAGCACAGCCCAGGGGAGGGCCGUGGGAGGGCCGUGGGAGGGCGGGCCCCGCUGCGCGUGCCCAGACUCCGCCCAGGCUCGCCGCCCCCUCCCAACUCCUCCCUUGCGUCUUCAGCGCCAGCCGCGUCCGCACCGACGUCGCGCCCGCACGGCUUGGGACGGAGAGGCGAGGCUUGGACGUCGGGCGAUCCCGGGCAGCGGAACUGACGCCAGCGGGCUUCCGGGGGCGGCCCCCAGGGAGGUCGGCGGCGGCUGCGCCGCAGUCGUGGAGGGGCAGCGGCAGCGUAAGCGGCCGCGGGCGACGCAAGUUCCGUACGGAGCGCCUCUCUCGUCUCACGCUUCUCCUUCCUCUCGCCUAGUCGCGUGCUGCCUCCCGACGGCGGCUCUUCCUGGCGAGAGCUUUCGGAGUGCAGUUGCUGAGAAGAAGCCGUCGCCACCCCGCCUCGAGGCCGAGUGAGAGUGCCUGUCGCUCCGCGUCGCCCCCUGCACCGCCUCCUGGCCCCCAGUGGCGGGCGCCCUUCUCGCUCGAAGCACUCCCCCCAGCUCCAUGAAUGGAAAUCGGCUCCGCAGGACCCGUUGGGGCCCAGCCCCUACUCAUGGUGCCCAGAAGACCUGGCUAUGGCUCUAUGGGCAAACCCAUUAAAUUACUGGCUAACUGUUUUCAAGUUGAAAUUCCAAAGAUUGAUGUCUACCUUUAUGAGGUAGAUAUUAAACCAGACAAGUGUCCUAGAAGAGUGAACAGGGAGGUGGUUGACUCAAUGGUUCAACAUUUUAAAGUAACUAUAUUUGGGGACUGUAGACCAGUGUAUGAUGGAAAAAGAAGCCUUUACACAGCCAAUCCACUUCCUGUGGCAACUACUGGGGUAGAUUUAGAUGUUACUUUACCUGGGGAAGGUGGAAAAGAUCGACCUUUUAAGGUGUCAAUCAAAUUUGUCUCUCGGGUGAGUUGGCACCUACUACAUGAAGUCCUGACAGGACGUACCUUGCCUGAGCCACUGGAAUUAGACAAGCCAAUCAGCACUAAUCCUGUCCAUGCUGUCGAUGUGGUGCUACGACAUCUGCCCUCCAUGAAAUAUACGCCUGUGGGGCGUUCCUUUUUCUCAGCUCCAGAAGGAUAUGACCACCCUCUUGGAGGAGGCAGGGAAGUAUGGUUUGGAUUCCAUCAAUCUGUUCGGCCUGCCAUGUGGAAAAUGAUGCUUAAUAUUGAUGUUUCUGCCACUGCCUUCUACAAAGCACAACCUGUAAUUCAGUUCAUGUGUGAAGUUCUUGACAUUCAUAAUAUUGAUGAGCAACCAAGACCUCUGACUGAUUCUCAUCGGGUAAAAUUCACCAAAGAGAUAAAAGGUCUGAAGGUUGAAGUGACUCAUUGUGGAACAAUGAGACGGAAAUACCGUGUUUGUAAUGUAACAAGAAGGCCUGCCAGUCAUCAAACCUUUCCUUUACAGUUAGAAAAUGGCCAAACUGUGGAGAGAACAGUAGCACAAUAUUUCAGAGAAAAGUAUACUCUUCAGCUGAAGUACCCACACCUUCCCUGUCUGCAAGUGGGGCAGGAGCAGAAACAUACGUAUCUGCCACUAGAAGUCUGUAAUAUUGUGGCAGGGCAACGAUGUAUCAAGAAGCUAACCGACAAUCAGACUUCCACUAUGAUCAAAGCAACAGCAAGAUCUGCACCAGAUAGACAAGAGGAAAUUAGCAGAUUGGUAAGAAGUGCAAAUUAUGAAACAGAUCCAUUUGUUCAGGAGUUUCAAUUUAAAGUUCGGGAUGAAAUGGCCCAUGUAACCGGACGUGUACUUCCAGCACCUAUGCUCCAGUAUGGAGGACGGAAUCGUACAGUAGCAACACCAAGCCAUGGAGUAUGGGACAUGCGAGGAAAACAGUUCCACACAGGAGUUGAAAUAAAAAUGUGGGCUAUAGCUUGUUUUGCCACACAGAGGCAGUGCAGAGAAGAAAUAUUGAAGGGUUUCACGGACCAGCUGCGUAAGAUUUCUAAAGAUGCGGGGAUGCCCAUCCAGGGCCAGCCUUGCUUCUGCAAAUAUGCGCAGGGGGCAGACAGCGUGGAGCCCAUGUUCCGGCAUCUCAAGAACACAUACUCUGGGCUGCAGCUCAUUAUUGUCAUCCUGCCAGGGAAGACGCCCGUGUAUGCGGAGGUGAAACGUGUAGGAGAUACACUUUUGGGUAUGGCUACACAGUGUGUUCAAGUCAAGAAUGUAAUAAAAACAUCCCCUCAAACUCUCUCAAACCUGUGCCUAAAGAUAAAUGUUAAACUCGGAGGGAUCAAUAAUAUUCUUGUACCUCAUCAAAGACCAUCUGUGUUCCAGCAACCAGUGAUCUUUUUGGGAGCAGAUGUCACUCAUCCACCAGCUGGUGAUGGGAAGAAGCCUUCUAUUGCUGCUGUUGUAGGUAGUAUGGACGCCCACCCAAGCAGAUACUGUGCCACAGUAAGAGUUCAGAGACCCCGACAGGAGAUCAUCCAGGACUUGGCCUCCAUGGUCCGAGAACUUCUCAUUCAAUUUUAUAAGUCAACUCGGUUCAAACCUACUCGUAUCAUCUUUUAUCGGGAUGGUGUUUCAGAGGGACAGUUUCGGCAGGUGUUAUAUUAUGAACUACUAGCAAUUCGAGAAGCCUGCAUCAGUUUGGAGAAAGAUUAUCAACCUGGAAUAACUUACAUUGUAGUUCAGAAGAGACAUCACACUCGAUUAUUUUGUGCUGACAGGACAGAAAGGGUUGGAAGGAGUGGCAAUAUCCCAGCUGGAACAACAGUUGAUACAGACAUUACACACCCAUAUGAGUUUGAUUUUUACCUCUGUAGCCAUGCUGGAAUACAGGGUACCAGCCGUCCUUCACACUAUCAUGUUUUAUGGGAUGAUAACUGCUUUAAUGCAGAUGAACUUCAGCUGCUAACUUACCAGCUCUGCCACACUUAUGUGCGCUGUACACGAUCUGUUUCUAUACCUGCACCAGCGUAUUAUGCUCACCUGGUGGCAUUCAGAGCCAGAUAUCAUCUCGUAGACAAAGAACAUGACAGUGCUGAAGGAAGUCACGUUUCAGGACAGAGCAAUGGGCGAGAUCCACAAGCUCUUGCCAAGGCUGUACAGAUUCACCAAGAUACCUUACGCACAAUGUACUUUGCUUAAAAAGUCCAAGAUUAUUCUCUGAGAGGAAGAACUGAAAGAUGAAUCGACAUACAACGUGUUUCCAGUGGAGUUCGUUGAGUGGGGAUGCCUGCAGCCAUACAGAAACCAACACUGUGGGGACCAGGGUCUGAUUUUUAUGUUGAUACAAGUAAGAUUGUUUACUUCAUCAAGGAACACAGCACUAUUAUGCAAUAUGAAACCAGCCAACAGCGCUUUUGUGCGGUCUCCUGUAGGAAGUAUCGCCAAUGUUUUGUUUUCACUUUCUUUGUAGUCUAACCCUUUUAAUGCCUUUACCUCAAGUUGCUUGGCAGCACAACUAUCUUUGCAAAAAAAAAAAAAAGUAAAGAAAAGGUAAAUGAUGGUUUAAAAAAAAACACCUACAUGAAUAAUCAGUGAUUGUUCACAAUUGUGUGUGCAAAAAAAUUAAUGUGCAUUCAUGUAUUGUAAAAGGUAUCUGUAUAUUUUAAAUAUAUACAUAUAUACUUCAUAUGCAUAUAUAUCUGGAUCUACAUUUAUAAUAGAUAUAUAUGUUCUUUGUAUAUAUUUUAUAGUUCAUUCCAUUGGGGAACUUCCUUUCCCUUUUAUUAUCCUCCCACCACCACUUUUAUUUCUCUCUCUACCUCCCUUGCCUUCAUCGCCUACAUUUUUUUCCCCUGAUGCUACCAGUGACAUUCAAAUGUUCAUGUAUCUGGUUCAUUUGAAUAUGAAGCAUGGCAAACUAGACUUUUUUGUUUUGUUUUGCACACCCUCUCCUGUCUCUUGUCUCAUACACAAUUCUGAGCCCUCAACUCGAUAUUGCUUUCUUAAGAAACAAAAUUAUUUUAUAUAUAUAUGGUUUUAUGAGAGUUUGUGUUUGCCCCCUCCAAAUUUACAUUUGCCAUUUGUGCAAUGUGUACAUAAGCAGUAGCAACCUAAACUAUUCUUUUUCUUUAGUGAGUUUGUUAAAGCUGCUAUAAAUAUAAAACCUUGUCAAAAGUUUAACUCUUUCUCUCUAUAAGUGAUGUGUAUUCUAAAGCCUUUUGUUUCUAUGGGUUAUACAUGGAAAUCUCUAAAAGCUUUUAUGAAGAGUAAAUAUUUUAAAUGAUUAGAACAAAAUAGGGUUGAGGCCUCUGAAGUUGGGUCAAGAGAGAAGGGAUUGUUGAGGUAUUUUUAAUUUUUUUUUUUUUUUUUUUUUGCUAGUUUACUUGCUGCCUCUCAUACCUUAAUGUGCUUUUCAUAUAUAUAUUUUUAUAUAUAUGUUUGUAUAUAUAUAAACAUAUAUGUAUGUGUUUUGAAGUAUAGCUUCCUUUUCUUUUCUAUUUAUUAGAAUAGUGUUUUAAUAAUUAUAGAACCAUAUUGGCAACAUCUUUUAUAGAAAUAAUCAUGUUUAUUUUAAGAACUGACAACUUGUUUUUGCUAUCUUUUAGUGCAAUAAGCAGUUUUAAAGGAAAGCUGUGUCUGUUUGAUGUUUUUAUCACAGAUAGUGGAAGAAACAGGCACCUUCAUAAUUUUAAAAGGGCAAAGUAAUACAGCCUUAAUUUCAGAAGGAAAGUUUUGUAAUUUUCAAGUCUCAAGCAUGUCUUUAAAAAUCAUAAUGAAAAUGAAGGAAGUUAAUAUCCUAGAUAAGUCUGACCUUGAAUAUUAAAAAUAAAGUUGAAUUUUGAUUUAAGAUAUGACCACGAUAGAUGAAAAUUUAUAAAGUAUUUAAAUUUUUUGAAAAUAAAUUAUGUUUAUUGAAGAAUCAUACUGGUUACAUUCCCAUUUUCAUUGACUAAAAUUAAUCAGGAAAAUGUGGCCAUUUAAACUUUUUUUUUUUUUUGCUUAUUUAUUACCAGUGUAACUUUCCUUUUAAAAUUAGGGUUAUGGUGACAAAGGAAGUUAAGACUUUAUUUUAAAUGCGCUAAGUCAGUGAAAUGUGGAAAAAAGUUUUGCAAAACUUUCAUUAUAUAAUUAUUUCACUUUAAGGUAUUAAAAAGUACUAUGAAGUUGUCAAAACCAAGUUCACCAGUAACAUUGGAUUCAGGGGAGCUUUGCACUUUGUGACUCAUGAAAAUGCAUUUUAAUUAUUAUUAUUAUUUUUUUUUUGCACUGGUUCAGAGUAUAAAUAUUACAGAUUGUUUCCAGUGGGCAUUGUUGUUAACCUUUUGGAAUUCCAUCUGCUCAUGAAAACGAAUGGAUUAGUUCUACAGUUUCUCUCUUACCUAUAACCCACUCUUAUUGCCAAUUUACUGUAUUUUGAGCCUAAAACCUGAGCCCAUGUCCUCCAACAGGUAUGAAAUCUUUUAUCCCCCUGCCAGAAAACUAAGUACUGUAUUUUGUAUGUUUAUUAUAUUGAAAUGUCUGAAAUGUAAUUUACAACACUGUUUCAAAGCCCUUUACAUGAAGUAAUAUUUGUAUAGUAUAUACGUUUUUCUUCCAACCUUCCCCCACCUCCUCCAAAAAGUCCUUUAAAGCAUGUAUGUUUUUUUUACAUUGAAAUUUCACUGACUGUAGUAGUCAGAACAUGGACGAGAGAAAAUGGUGUAUCCUACGUGGUAAAAACUUGAUUGCCAUAUGCUCAUUCAGUAUGAGUAAAACAUCUUUUAUUAAUGGGAGUUGCACAGAUUCAUGUGGGAAACUUUAGGGUCCAGGGAAGAACUGUAGAUAUCCUUUCCCUAUUUACUGCUUUACUUAAUUUUCAGUUACUUAGUUUCACAUGCACUUGAGUGAAGCCCAUAAUUUAAAUCUAUUUAGAAGGACUUUUACAGAGGAAAAAAAAAUUUUUCAAUAUAAAGCUUUACCUUUGAAGUGAGUUCUUUUUUAGGGUUUCUUUCUUACAGUUUCAACAUUACUAGUUUAAGGUUGGUUAACUAGAAAGAAUGUGUAUAUUUCUAUUUUGCUUACUAACAAAUUGGUAAUCAAAUUUAAUUACAAGAAACCUGUGCUUAGAAUUUUAAGAUAAAAGACUGAGAGGGAAAUACUUUUUUGAAAUUUCUUUUAAUUAUUAUUGCAUUUCUAGUGUAGAAUUCCUGAUCUUUUUUAUUUUUUUAAAAAAGUUGUUUUGAAUUUAAUGGCCUUGAAAUUCAGUAAAGAUCUUUCUGUUCUGCCCUUGCUCACUGACUAUAUAACAAAUGCUAAAUUUGUUCUGAUGCUUUCUAUGAUGUGUAAGAGUGACUUUAAAAUAUUAGUCCCAGCAACUGAUACAAUUGAUUUUCAUGUGAAGAAGAGUUGGGAGUUUAAUGUAUAUUCUGGAUAGCAAAUGUGUCUAUGUAAAGUGCUGAUACAUGUUGUUACAUUACAGUAUCAAGUUACUGGCAUUGAGGACCAUACAUUUAUAAUACUGUAGCUGCUAUAUUUAUUUAAGUAGAGUCUGACAGUUACUGCACUAAACAAUAAGGAGAUGAGCAGGAUUCAAGGCUAGUGUUAGACAUCCCCCCUGCCCUUUUUUUCCUAAAUGAGAUCAAGAACAUGAAAUAUCAAGGUAACAAAGGGUGCUACCAUUUUAGUUUAAAUAUAAUAUCAGGAUGCUCUUUCUUUGUUUUAGAAAUGGAUUUUUACUUUAGUAGUUUUGAAAAAGGGUACAUCAACCUCUUCAGUACUGGUUUUUGGCAUAUUUUCACAGAAGUAAAGAUGCCCUUUAUUUUUUCUUAAUAUUUUAUCUUUUAACAAAUUUAUCAGAAAAAAAUAUUCUUCUAUGGAAAUCUUUCUGUGUGUAGCCUAUUUAUUUCUCUUCCUAGAAGAGAGUCUAGAAGGGACUCUGGUAGAAAUAGACUGGGUGUCUUGGAAGGUACUUGAUAAAAAUUCAUCUCUAAAUUCUAAAAUAGGAUCUCUUACCCUCUAAAAAGCUAUACUAGUUUUUCAAACAAGGUUCUCUGAUGACCCACCACUGCCUAAUGUUUACUUGUAUAUUUACUUUAAAAUGGAUUUUAGUAUGACAAACUUAGUCAUGACAAACUUAAGGUAUGUCUAAGGAAAUAAAAGCUUAGUUGCCAUUCAGUAGAAAUAGCUGGCAGAGCAUCUCAGUGUUUAAAGAAAAGAACACUCAGAGUGCCAGUAAUAGAUUUGAAGUAAUUAGAUGGAUUAUAGGCCAGGAAUUAGAGACCGUUAUUUAAAAGGAAUUUGGUGGAUGUUUUCAGAGGCUUACAUGAAUUCGCCAGGGGGGGGUAAUUUUAAUGAAAUCAGUGAAGCCAGCCACUUGGAUUUAGCUAGAAUAUUUUGUAGUCUUGCUAUUUCAAACUUGAUAGGAAUGUUUUGCCAAGAAGCUUAACUGACAACUCUGCAUAAUUUUUAUUCAGUAUCAUAAAACCUGAGUUAAAUAUUUGCUUCACUCAUCAUCUUAGAGGUUCUCCUAUUGAAAACUUUUAAAGACAAGUUGUCCCUAACAGUAACUUACUACUUAAAUUACCUUUUAUGAGUUAUCUGUCAAGCUUCAUUGGCCUGGCAUCUUUAUUUUGGCUUUUUUUUUUAUCCCUAUGAAGUUUUAAUCCUUUUCAUUCUUUUUGAGAAUUUGUAGAUGUCUUAAAGCUUCAAUAAUAAUAGUUGGGAGACUUUAUAUCAAAGUAGGCCUUCCUGCAUGGCCGUAUAACCCUGAUUCUAGAGUCUGUCUGUAUUUUCCUAUUUCUCUCCCAUUUGAUCAUAUAAAGCACUUUUGUGAUUCUAUAGGUCAAAAAUAAGCCAAGAAAAAAUGGGUAAAAUCAGUACUUCAGAAAUGUGAAAGUGGGAAUUUUCUCCAAAAGAUCUUUUUUUAAAAAAACUUCUUGCUUAUACUAAGAAAUUCUUGAUCAUUGGCAAUGUUAGAAAUGAUACUAUGAUUAGUAAAACCGAAGCUGAUUCCCAGGAGGAAAAAAAAUCAAUAUCUUUCUCUGUUCUCGCUUCACUUGUAUCUUUCUGUCUCUAGAUAGAUGAUAGAUCGAUCGAUCUCACAAAGGGAAAAAUAUUUUUUACUUUUUCCUACUUUUAAAAAUGGUACAUUUCUGUCUAUAGUUUUCCAUGUCGGUCAAAAUAAUUUCUUUUAACUAAGAUAUAAUGGUGAAGGCUUGUGCUAAUAUUAUCUACUGAUAGUUGAGUUUUAUUUUUCUUUACCCAUCAAAGAUAGUACUCUAGAUUUUUUACGUUGUCGCUUAAGCCUCAAGAAUCUUUUACUCUUAAAGUAUAGAAGUUAAAGGUUCUAAUUUGCAUUAAAAAUAGAAAGAUAAUAAAUUUAACAGGGAGGGUUGAGAUUUACCAUUGAGAAACCUGUUAAAGUAUCAGGCAGCAGUGUGACAAAAUGAAGAUCUUGUUAAAUCAUAUAACCAGCCUUUGGUCUCCCUUUCUUUUUGAUAUCAGUGUCUGAGGUAACCAAAAUCUAAUGUUGUAUCUAUGUUAGGAUCUCAGUAAAGCAAAAGAUGUUCUUCAGGGUAGAUGCUGAAUUAAAUUUUUUAAUCAUGUUUUAAAGCAAGGUGGUUCUUAGAAAGUGCCUUUUCAGAAGAUGGUGCUGUAGAUUUUUAUUUUUCAAAUAGUAUGAGGCUAAAAAAUUUAAAGAUAAAUUAUUUUAGAACUCUAAGAGUUAGACAGUUUCAUAUAAAUAAUGUUAUUUGUUGUCCUGAAUUUGGUCCCAGGGAAUGACGGUAAAGCUUUUCUUUGGUAAAGUAUCUAGGUAAAUACUCACCAAAUGUAUUUUGUAAGUUUAAAAACAAAAUUUUUAACGCUUUCAGUUCUCAGCUAUGUUGAAGGUAAUCUAUAAGGCACAUGAAACAGGAAGUCUGCUUAACUUUUUAACAAAAGUAUGGGUAAAGUGCCCAAAGGGAAAGGUAACUUGCCAGGAAUUAUGUCCCUUUUUAUUUUUGCCCCCAGUAUAUAUUGACCCUUUUGUAAAUACCUAUUGGCAACCUUUUCUAAAUAAUCUUUAUUAAAGAAGACUGCUUAUAAAGGGAGACCCAAGUCAUCAUGAAAAUCAUGGAAAUCAGUUUAAGAGAAAAAGUAAAAUGAUUAUGUCUCUAUCUUUAGGGAAUUUUUCUUUUUUAAGAACUAAGAAACAUUUUAAAUGAUUCUCUUUUUUUUAGAAUGGAGGAACUAUGAAAAACAAUGACAGUGUAUCUAAAGGGUAUAAUCAGUUAGUUAGAAAUAGAACAUGCAAAAUUGGACUUUGGAAAAAUAAAAUAGAAGGAGAAUAGCAGGACCAUUCAUACUUAUUAGAAAUUUAGUAAUCUACCAGAAGGCAAUUUUCCCCCAGAUUAGGAAGCAGUAAACACAGUAAAUGAUCACCUCACCAGUUCUUGUUUGUGAAUUUGGUGAGCAUUCCUCCAGAAAAGAAUAGACUAAAAACAAACAAAAAACACCACACCUCAGUAACUUUGUAUGCUGCAUUAUGUAAUAAUAAUAGUAAAAUUAUAUUGAUUGCGUGGCGUGUACUGCGUCUGUUUGCAAAUAUACAUGCACAUUAAGCUUUUUCAUUUUUUAUAAUGUCUUAAUAGCAAUUAUGAAUUUAUUUUUUUAAUAAUUUUUGUAUUGUGAUGUUUAUAUUUAUUGGCAAUUUGUGUGUAACUUUUAUAUUUUGCUUAGAUGUUGGUUUUAAGGUAUUUUAUUUUUAUAGAUAUUUCUAGCUUUUCUUCUUUCUUUGUAAUAUUAGCAAAGAUUAAAAUGGAAUAUUAAUAUUCCGACCAAACUACUAAUUCUAUAAAGUCUAGAGUUUGGAUUUUACCAAUAAACCAUUAACACUAUUUUCUAACUUAGAAUAUUUAAUGUUGUUUAUAUAGUGGGCAUUAAAGACAGUCUUUAGAGAGAUUUCUAAACGUGGAGGGAAGGUGGGGCUUGUCCGUAAGUUGAUUUCUUUCCCUUAAGUAACAAACUAACACUAACAGAUUGGACUUAUUUUACCCGAUCUGCACUUCUUGGGCAACCUGUCAAAUUAUUGUUGCAUAUUUUUUUUAACUUCAGCUACAUUCAAGCUGCUUAAAUGGUCACAUCAUCCAGCAUUAGGAUUAUGAUACCAUUUUUAUAAGCCUGGAAAACAAAUAGCACAUGAUCAAGAACUCAUUGAUAAUUGACUUGAAAUGGGAUUUUUUUUUCCCUAUAAUUAUAUUACAUGGAAGAUUUGGUACCCUGAUCUUUUCCCUAGCAUACUUUGAAGCUGAUUCAACUCUGAGCAUCAGUGAAGAAACAUAGUUUAAGUGGCUAGGUAGAGCUACAGAUAAAGACUGAUUCAUGUAGUAUUUCAGUUAAUUAAAAAUUUAACAAAGUAGUAAUUUAUUAAUGUGAAUUAAUUGGAAGGCAAUGAAAAGUAUUAUUAUAGAAUAUUAAUUUUAAGCAUAUAUGGGCACUCCAUUUUCCUAAUGAAUAUAUCAAGUUUAUUUAUAUUGGCAACUAAUUUUUUAUAAAGGUACGUGAAAAAAGGCGAAUUCUCUUAAACAGAUAAGCUAUUUCCUUUGUAUUUUUACACUGUGAAUUUGCUAGGUAAGCCAUUUUUUCUGUAAGAGAUUAAAAGGUAAACUUUACCCCAUCCUCUGAGUUUUAAAUUCUAAAUUACUGGGGCUCAAUGUGUGACAUUUUACUAUACUAUAAUCUAUUCUUCUACUGAGAAGGGGGUAAAUGAGAAAGUUUCAAGAAAUUAUAAUUGGGAAAUUGUUAUUUUUAUAUUAUGUAAAAACUUACAACUUAAAAUGAAUCAGCAUGUGAUUUUUAUAGACAUUAGCCAUAUCAUUUCUUUUUGCAUUUAUGGCAGUUACAGUGGUUUUUAUAUAGAUAUAUAUAAGGUACUAUGCUGAGCUACUUCCCUCACCCCCACAUCGAGUAUUAAUUGAAGAUUGGUACUCUGGUUAUAGCAAUUUGUUGCUACUAAAUAAAAAUCAAAAAGUUGGAAAUAUUUUUGUUGUAAGCGUAUGCCCCCUCAUAACGGUAUUUACUGUCCUUAUAACUUUAAUAGUUUUAUUAAUUGUGUUUCAACAUUGUCCUAGGUUGACAGGCAUAUAAUUCUUAUAGACCAACAUUUUUUAAGGCAGCUUCAAGUAGAAAUAGUCCCUUUUUUUUUUUUUUCUUCUGAAAGGUCAUCGGAACCUGACAUGUAGAGCCUUUUUUGCUCUUUUAAUUGGUUGGCUCCGAAAAUCAAGGUACCUGUCAUCAGUACUAAAUUACUGUGGUGAAGUACUUGGUGACUUAUCUGUGUUUAGUUUACAUUUAUAGUCACAUGCCACCUCUUAAGAAAGAAAUAUUUGUGCAUUAAGUAAUAGUUCAUCCCAAAAAAAAGAACUGUCAUGAACACUCUUAUAUGAGUAGAAAACAGAUGGGAGUAUAGGUCAUUAGAACUUUCCUUUUUUUGGUUUUAUUACAUCCAAAAAUUGACUCUAUGUAUAUCUAUAAUUUUAUGUUUGAAGUUUAAGAGAUUGUGCCAGAAACUAAAGAGGGAGAUUACUCUGAUAUUUAACGCCUAAGUCUUUCCAUCUUUAUUUACUUCAUGGCUUUAGUUUGAAGGACAAACAAACAGAUAUCCCUUAAUUUGGCCCUUUAAUAAUAUUUUUAGAACCAAAGAAGGAAAGACUCUACAAAGAUGUUGCAGAUGUGACUCUAUCUUUGUAUCGUAAGAACCUGUGAAAACAAGGUCUUUGUAAAGAAAUGGACUGGUGGGAUUGUGAGAGUAUGUGGUAAGGAGAGAACAAAGAAAAGGUUUCUUUGCUAGGAUCCUUGGACAGAACCUUACAGUUUAAUAUUUGUUUAAUAUUUGUCACGUUCUCACAACCACAUUGUAAAAGAGUGACAGUUGCUAUUUGAACCUACAGAAGAAACCUAAGAAGAGUACUCUCUAACCUGAGUUUAUUUCAUGUUGUUGUCCCAAAUAUAAAGCUGCAUCUAUUCCUGUUAAAUUUGAGUCUUGGAAGUUGCUUCUGAAUUAUAAUAAAGAAAUUAAAUGAAGUAGUUAUCCUUAAAUAGAGCCAUGGCGUUGCUAUCAACAUGGCCUGUCUCCCUUUUCCCUUUACAUAGACUACACCAAGCAGGGCCUUACAAAAUAGUCUUUUCUGUAACGAAAACGUUUUUGGUGAAAGGUUCAGGAAAAACAGUGGUAGGUUGUAAUGAAGGGGGAAUUUUGCCUAACAUAGACAGUCCAGCCAAGCUAAUGGACUCAAUUUGGCCCCAAAUUUAAAAAGAGGAAGCUUUGGUUUUAGUAGCAAGAGACUUGGCUCUCCAAUGGUAAUUAACUGCAAAUAUCUCCGUGUUUCACAGAAAGUGAAUGGUCUCAUACUAUUGAUAAUGACCCUGCGAAUGUGCACGUGUUCUUUUCCUAAUUCAGAAAUUAGGAAUAGCAAGCAGUAACUGAAAUCUCAUAGUUUGUCCCUAUAAGAUUCUUUAAAAAUUUUGCAGGCAUUUUCUCAUUUCUUAGCCCAGGGUACAACCUCUUUCUCCUUUUUAAAAAAGAAAAAAAGGAAAUUUAGAGGCAGUUUAUAUAGAAUUUCUACUACAAGUAAAUAAUAGAGUCUUUAAAAUUCUUGGAGAAGGAGGAUCACAUGUGAUAAGUUACAGCUUGAUUGAGAGACUCCUUGAGCACUUUCUUCAUGUUUGGGUUCUAAAGUUUUUUCUUUGACAUACCAUUCUUUUAUUUAGUUGAGUGCCAUUCCGUUUUGUAAUAUAACUGGUCGUUUUAUACCAUUUAUGAAUUGUGCAGUUCUUACCCCCCACCCCCCACCCCCACACACACACACACACAUUCUCUCUCUCUCUCUCUCUCUCUCUCUCUCUCUUUCUCUCUCUGUUAAAAAUAAGAGGCAUAAAACAAAAUAUAUAUAUAAGGAGAAUCACUAGAAUGUAAUUUUAGUUAUUGUAGAUGGAAGGAAACCCUAACUUGGUUAAGAGAAUUAAGAGUGAAAGUGUUAAUGCUGCAGGUAUGAUUUCUAGCCAUAGAAUUUUUUGCUAGCUAUAGAGUGAUAAUGUGGAAAGAAUAUAUAUCUGAAAUAUGUUAUAGCAAAGUGAUCAAAGAAAAUCAUUUUUGAAAGUAAUAUUUCUUCUGCAACCGAGAUCCCCAUAUAUUCUUAAGGAAAAUUAAUACAGCUUCUGGUUUUAAUGAAUCAGUCUCAUUUAAACUUAAAAAGGUUUGCGACUUUUAUUCUGACAUUUGUCUUCUUAGAUACGUAAAAAUACUGAAUGAACACUUAGACUGUUCUUUCCUCUUAAUUUACAUAUUGAUUCAUUCAGACUUCAGUUAGCUAUAUCUCACAUAUCCCUCUUGGUGUGUGCAAAACAUUAAAAUGUUUUAACACAUUUCCUAGUCGAGCCUGAGCUGUAAAUAAGAAGGCACAAAGUGUUUUCAAACAUAGGAACUUUCAGAAGACCACAAGUGGAGAAAGACUGUUGAAAACUUGUUGCCUUUCAGAGUGUACUUGGAGUUGAGUCAGCACUGUGCCACUAAUGCGCUGUGUCGGUGGGCAAUUCUCUUAAUCUCUUUGUGCCUAGUUUCUCCAUGUAAAAUGGUAGUGAUAAUACCUGCCCUCACCUACCUCACAAAGUUGCUGUAAGAAUAGGAUGAUGUUUGUGACAGUGCUUAAGCUCUUCAGAAGUUCAAGAUAAUAUAAUCUUGUCGUAUGAAUGGUUCAUUUAGUUGGCCUCUAUGAAAGUAUCUUUAAUUACCAUAGAUCAUUUUACCAAACAAGUAUGAGAGAAACUUGGGCCUUAUUGUGGUAUGGUGUUCACUUACAAAUGUAUCCUGUUCUUGUUUUCUCCCCUGCUAGAUAUUCAGUGCACAGUUUUUCUUUAUAAUAAUCCUUGGCAAAGUGUAACUUCAAAAACCAAACUCCUUUUAGUGGUGCUAUGGCAGCUGCGAUUGUAUUUUGAGGUAGAUUAAUGUGGAGAAACCAUUAGAUAAUCAGAAAGUAACUUUGCCUUUUGCCUUUCAGGCAUUUUCGCUACAUGCUGGCAUCAGAGGCAGUUAUACAACCAGAUAGUUACCCCUUUGUUUCUUAGUGGAUUUUUGGUACAUUGUUUUGGAGUAAGGGGUUAGGUUUGAAGGAGGGAAGUGUGCUUAUUUCACUCAUCUCUUUGAGAGUUGAACCUUGCUUUCCAAUUACCAUGUCUGUAAAAGAUAAAAUAUAGUAAGUUUUUUCUUCAUUUUAGUUCAGUUCUGAGCAUCUGCAGGUGCUAUCAGGCAGCCUGAUAUCUUCGUGGGUGGUGGGCAGACCUUACAUUUCAGUAGCCUUCUCCAUUUUCCUGGGGAGAGGAUGCUUUUGUUUCUAGAAAAUAACAAAGGGCACAUCACCACGGGUUGUGUAAGCAAUUCCUUGUUGCAGCAGACGAGUUUUUGGCUUUGUUUUUGUUUAAGAAAAAUAAUGCAUUUUAGGUACACAGGGUAUGAAUACAUUCAACAUUUAUUUUUUAUCUCUAUAGAUGCUGACCUCCCCUUGUGCAAGCAGUUGGGAUUUUCUAACUCAUCUAACAUAGGUGGUGUCUGUGUUAGUUUUAUAGGAUAAGAAGAAUUGCAGGUACUAGAAGUAAAAAGUUGGGGAGAUUCAUGCUCGGAAAAUAAAUCCACCUUGCUGAGUGAGACAGCUAAGAGCAUUGAUAUAUCAGGAAUACUUUUAAACAAUUUUUGCAGUAAUUUGUAGCUUUAAUGUCUCUCUUCAAUUAUGGACCCGUAAAAGUAUUAGUGUAUCUCGUGAAUAAAGAUCAUUCUUGUAGAUUAGUAUACGGAUGCAUUCAUAGGCUGUGGGAAGCAGUGGUGUGUGUGUGUGUGUGUGUGUGUGUGUGUGUGUGUGUGUGUGUGUGUGUGUGUGUGUGUACUGUGUUUAUAACACUGUCUAUUACAUAAGUUUGUAUAGAAAAAAAUAUGUUUCUUUAGUGUUUGGGGGACUAAAAUUGUAAUAUAACCAUUCCAGUGUGAUCUGACCACUCACUCUAGAGAAUAUUUAUAUUACACACAAAUGCACACCCCUAAAGCGUUGCUAACUGCUCCCAGUUUAGAUAAUUGCUGCUUUAAAAAAAAAAAAACAACAACAACAACUAAGUAAUGGAGGAGGAAAUAGCACUCUUUUUAAAGGGGCUUUUCUGAAAAGUAAAAUGUAAAUGUAGGACAUGUGGAGAGGGUGGGGACACCUGCAGAUGUCCUACAGGUGGGCAAAUAGCCUUUUAAAUUUUACUUUUUAACCAUCUUGACCGUGUGUGCCUAUUUGUAUUGCAGAUGUGAACUAUUUUUGAGGGUCGAUAUCAGUAUGUUUUGAAACUGAAUUAUUACAUAAAAUCAAAGUAACUUCUUUUUUUUCCAUCCUCCUUUUCCACACUAACUAUUCUUGCCAAAUAUUUCUACUGAUACCAAGUUUCAGCAUGGUAAAAUAAUGAGACUCUCAAACCUCUUCCUUCUUCUUCCCGACCCUGUCUUGGCUUUUCAUAAGUAAGAACAAUUUACUGUAGUAAUUUGAAGACUGCAGAAUUUCAAAAUGUUUGUCUAUAAGCCUUCCUUUGUCAAUGUUUGGUUAUACAGUAACAUCAGUUAAAACAGUGGAGUGAGUCUGAAUUUGUAAUAUGCUAUAGGACCAGAUAAGAUCUUGAAUGAUACUAAAUUUGACUGGCAUAUUUUAUUAAGAGGAAAUUGGAACUUUGUAUGGUGGGAGUGGGGGCAAAUCUAUGAUAUAUAUGUAAUCACUGUAUAAUCAGAAAUACCAAAUGCUGAAUCCUAUCACUGUGUACUUGGGGGCCAGGCUUUGGAUUUUACUGUCAUCUUAAUUCCUUGAAGACUAUAUAUAAUUAUGAGCAGAAGGCAAAUAAACAAAAGUACUUUUUUUGGUAUUUAAAGUUUGGUAGUAAAUUUUCUACUUUUCGUUAAUUUAUCUUCCCCAAAAAAUUACUACAAAAAAAUUAGGAUUGAGAUUGAGAAGCUUGAAGAAGCCGCUUUUUAAGCAGUUCAGUAACUUACAAUAUAUUGUUAAAGAAAUUGUCAUCAUUCUUUCUGAGCCAAACUGUCACUAAAAUGUCCUGUGACAGAACCACUCCUCUUUGUUCUGCCAUUCUGCAUUAUUGGAAGGGUUCUAUGUUGUAUUUGUUUUUAAAUCCUUGAUUUUUUUUUCUAAAUGGUUUUAAUGUUGCUUAGCUUCAGUUUGAAGUGUAACUUUCACUAAUAACUGCAAUAAAAAGAAAAGCUUUGCUCCAAA